AUGCCAAACAACGAGUCACUCAUUCAAACAUUUGGUGAGAAGAUAAUACAGUGUUUGGUGCUUGGAAAAUACCAGGAGUACCCUCCAGAUACCAUCGAAACAUUAUGCUUUUUCCUUAACGUUCAAUUUCUCCAAACGGAGAGCACUCAGAUGGACCUCAUUAUACUCUUCAGCGUCAUUGUUCGGUUGGCCCAGCGCAUGGGUUACCACCGCGAUGCACGCCACUUUCCCCACAUCUCUGUUUUUGAAGGUGAAAUGCGACGCAGAGUGUGGACGCUCAUCACCGAUAUGGAUACCUUAGCCUCAUCUCGAGUUGGACUUCCGCGAUUGCUUCGAGAAUUUCAAUCAGACACUGCUCUUCCUCGAAACCUUCUUGACGAAGAUUUUGAUGAAGACACCACAGAGCUACCACCCUCACGCCCCGACUCUUUUGAUACCCCAGUCCAAUAUUUGAUAACCAAGAACAAACUCGUUUCCAUGUUUGGUAUUAUCACCGAUUUCGCCACAUCGAUUCGCAGGCCAUCUUAUGCAGAGGUGAUGCAUUUGGAUGGCUUACUUCAUGAAACAUAUAACUCCGUCCCGGAGAAGUUGCGUGAGCGACCCCUGAGACAGUCCCUUAUGGAUGAGCCAGAUCUUAUUUUGCGCCGCAUGCAACAAGUCAUCAUACUUGAGAAGGCGCGAUAG